GGCGGGUGCCGGGGCCGGCGCGGGGGCAGCGGCCCCGCCGAGCGCCUGUAGCCGCCUCGGGCGGGCGGUGCGGGGCGCGCUGGCGGCGGCGGGGGAGGCGGAGGACGGCGAGGACGGGGACGGCGGGAGGCAGCCGCCCGCCGCGCCGCCGCCCACGCCGCACAAGAAGAUGAAGAAGCGAAAGGAGCUGAACGCGCUGAUCGGCCUGGCUGCCGACGGGCGGAGGAAGAAACUCGCCAAGAAGGGCUCCGGGCACCGGCUGCUGCGCACCGAGCCGCCCGCCUCGGACUCCGAGUCCAGCUCCGAGGAGAACGAGUUCGCGGCGGCGGCGGCGCGGGGCCGCUGCAAGGGAGACUAUCUACGAUGCUGCAAGUUCUGUUACCCGUUGUGUGCAUUUGUCAUUCUUGCUGCUUGUGUGGUAGCCUGCGUUGGCUUGGUCUGGAUGCAGGUGGCCCUCAAGGAGGAUCUGGAUGCAAUAAAGGAGAAGUUUCGAACAAUGGAAUCUAAUCAAAAGACAUCAUUCCAAGAAAUUCCUAAACUGAAUGAAGAUUUGGUGCAGACGCAAAAGCAACUAGAACAAAUUGAGACUGGAGAACUGGGGCUGAGUAAAAUCUGGAUCAAUAUCACAGAGAUCAAUAAACAGCUGACACAGUUGACCUCAACAGUAAAUCAUCUCAAAACCAAUGUAAAGUCUGCUUCUGAUUUGAUUUCUCUUCCUUCCACGGUAGAGAAACUUCAGAAGACCGUGGCAAACAUAGGUAGCACUCUUACCAGUGUUUCUCAUGACGUUGAAAAUAUACAGACAGUAAUUGAAGAGUACAAGAAAUCCAUAGAAAUACUCCAGAAUGAUGUGGAAUUAAAACAGAUACCUUCACUUCCCUCCACUAUUGUGCCAAGGACUGAGAGAAAUCAAACAGAAAAUUGCAUAAAGGAAAGCCAGUCGCUGCAUGCAGCUUUGGAUGAGCUAAAUAAUACUGCAGUGACGUACCAAAAGUUGAACGACCUCAAGCUUCUAAAUGUGGAUUUGGCUAUUGGUAACCUUAGCCGGAGGGUUGUGCUGUUAGAAAACUCCCCCCUUGCUGUGAAUAAUCUGGACAAAAGAGAGAACUUGUCUACAUAUGUGGGGAAUGAUGCAACUACCUCGCUAAAAGUGGAAAAUGAAGAUCAACUAGAUAAUGAAACUCAUGCAAAUAAAGAACUGAAGGAAAUAGAAACUAGAGAUUCUCAGGUAUCAAAACUAAGAGAGAAGCUUCAGAUGAUGAGUGCUCUCACAGGCAAGCCAGAAAAUGACAGACCCCUUGAGACAUCAAAGAAUGUUGAAAGUAGUCCGAGUACUACGGCAAAGCCCACAGACCUUUCAAAGCUGGCUUCGAGGUCAGCUGAUGGCAACACAGAGAGUAGUGGACAGCUGAGACAUCUGUCCUUACCAGGAGUUUCCAGCUUGGAAGAUCUUCAGAAAUUGUUUGAAAGAGCAACUGUAGAUGCUGAUGGAAAACUAUCGUAUGAAGAUCUUCAAAAACUGCUUGGCUCUACAGCCCAAGAGUCACAGAGCUUUAAGAAAUUUGACACAGAUGGAGAUGAGAAAUACUCAUUACAAGAACUGAGAUUAGCAUUAAAUGUAUAGAAUAUAUAUUUAGAAAUGUGAUAUUGCUGGAUGCUACUGUAGCUAAAGGAGACUGUGGGACACGGAAAACUAUGUCUGCACUUUCCCAGUGUUUUACUGAUCUUUGGGGCUAAAUUACUGUAUGCGUUGCCACUUCUUUUUUUUUGUUUGCAUUUAUUGGAAAGAAAUUUACAGAUUUCUAUGUUGAGAGGACAUAAUAUUGAGACUGUGUUAAAAUCCAGAAGAUUCCUAAACUUGGAAACACUUUUAUUCUUUCCUUUUCAAGAGAGUUCUUGUUUUUAAUUUAAGAUGUGUACAUAUUAAAAUAAAACUAUGGUUUUAUAUUUCACUGAAAUUUGCCUUAAAUUAGAGAGCUGCACUUUACGUAGAGCAGAAGGAAAUCUGUCUUGUAAAGAUGGGCUGCUUCUGCUUGUAAAUAUUUGAGAUAGAGUAAAUUAUGCAUAUUUAAGGAGACAUUUGCAUCAGGGGCUAUGUUGGUAGUGAGCUGUUUAUAAUAAGGAACUGAGCAUAGAAGGGGUGGUUAAGAGCUUCAGCUAAACUUCUAAUUUUGACUAAGUACGUCCAGGAAUGAGUAUGGACUCAGUCAGAGGAAAGCAGGGAUAGUAAAUUGUGCCCAUCUAAUAGCAGGAUUUAUUUUUAGAGUGAAGAGCUUAAAGAGUUUUUAUAUCAUGAGCCUAUAGGAGCAAUUACCUACCAAGUGCUUGGGUUUUCACGUCAGCAUCCUUUUAGCUUUGCUGGGUUGCAUCCAGAUUACAUUUUGAGAUGAGCCUAUCUGUUUUAUUUUUUAAAAUGAAGUAUUGAACAACUUUAACAAGUCCAUAAGAGGUAAAAAUAAGUCCACCAGACAGCCUGGUGAGUAGCACCUGAGUAGCCUCAGGCAUGACCGGUGAUGUGCUGAUGGUCACUGGAGACCUUUUCAACAGGGUUGCGGAUACUGCUCGUUUCUCCCAUUAAGUGCCCUGAGUAAAGCUCCUGGUCGCUAGGUGCCUGAGCAGGUGGGGAUGGCCCAAAGGAGACUCGUGGGCUGUUUCCUGACCAACAUGAACAUGAUCGCUUCUUGGUACCUUAACCUUUUGUGUUCUCGCCAGCAGGAGGGUGUAAAAAGCAGGAUGGGAGUGUGCAAUCGCAUCAGCGUUCUCUACUGACGCAUGCUUUGUAAGUGAGGUUUUCUUACUAUGGAGGAACUGAAUGGUUUGUUUAUACCAGUGGAUCUAAACGCAGAGUGUUUGUAAACUUCUGGAGCGCAGAGAAUGACUUUUGCAGAGGGUAUUCUCUUGCAGACUAGACCAGGGCCAAGCUGCAUGAUUUUGCUCACAAAUACCACUGAUCUUUUGGGAGUGUUUUGCACGAUUAAUGAAUCGAAGUUGUCUGCCUUGCCAAGCCAUCGGUUCAUGUGGAAGUUGGUUCAUAACUGUUGACUUUUAUAUAACUUUGGAGUGGAUGCUUAUAGUUUCAUGAAUUAUUGUAUUCUGGAAAUGCAAAUCAGUGAAGGAAUGCACAAAAUAGAACCCUGUUGCCUAUUGCCUGGGAUUCUUUCACUGUUGCUCUUUGAUCCUGUUUGGGUAAUGCAAACAGGACUCGUUAUGGAGAUGCUUUUGAUGCGAUGUUUGAAAAUGCAGUAUUUAAAAACAAAGCCAAACCAACCAGCCUUGGCUUAUGACAGGACAAGAAGCCAACACUUGCUUCUUGUUGCUUCCAAUGCCCUUUUACACACUACUAUGUAAUUCCUUAACCAAAUAAAAAAAAAAAAACCCUAGCAAUAAAAUGUAACCAUUCUGGUGUUUGAUUUGUACGCACUGUAUCAUAGCUACAAGCCAGAGUUUGCAAAAUAUUUUUGGAAGUUUGAUUUGUAUGCAACUUACCUUCAAAUUUAAGAGAUUCUUGUAUUGCCCUGUGAAUCUUAUAGUGUUUUGUUUUCUUGCAGCCUGCUUUACUUUUAGAAGGCUCUUCAACAGCAGUAGUGAAACUGUUGACCAGAGACAGUGUAGGCUGCUCCAGCCACCCAUGUCCUCACCCUGAGGCCAAGGAGCCGGGCACAGCUCCUUCGUUUGCAGGGCAGGAGUGUGGUUGAUCGCUAAUUGCUAUUGUAGGAUGGACUUGUGCUAUUGAUUAAAAAUAUCUGAUCAUCCCUGAGAACAGAGGUUGCUUUUCUUUGUCAGAGCUUGGCCAUGGGGAUGUGCUGCAAGCUGGCAAUGCAUCCCCAGCCAGCUGCUCCCAUCCUGACAAGGUUUCUGCCACGCUGCUGGUCUUCAUCCAUCCCGCACGCUUUCCACACCCUGGGGCUGGCGCUGCCCGGCUUCCUUCCCCCCUGCACCUUGCGGAGGGCGGUGGGCAUCAACGCCCGUGUCCGCUCUCCGCUGCGGCUCGUGCCUGCGCACACGUGUUUCCAGGGAGUGGUUGGCAGUCUUGGAGGAAAACGGGAGAGCAGAAAUGGAACUAAAUGGAGGUGAGGAGGGUGUGGGUGCAGCUGGGGCUGUGUGUGUGUGAGAGAGCACACUCAGACGCCGUUGGGUCUGUACGCGGAGCUGCUCUGAGCUACAGUGCUGCACGACUCUGCUUAUGUAACGCGGC